UGUUACUAUGACAACGCAUUACAGGAAGUAGCGUGCUACAAAGCAUUGUUCACAGAAAGUUUAUGCAGAAUAAUUCCUCUUCCCGUGAAGAACCUUACGUUGAGACCUGAGGGAGGAAAAUGUUACAGGAAAAUUUUAGGAACACUCUGAAUGCCUCUCUGUCUUUUGAUGGAAGAGGUCUAAAAGCAUUCCCUGGUGAAAUCAUGAAAGAACACUGUUUAAAAAAACUCUCUUUAGCCAACAAUGAUAUUAAAAUAGUGCCUGAAGAAAUCGGGAGUCUGACCGAUCUGGAAGUUUUAUCUGUACGAGGUAACAAACUUACCACAGUUCCCCCUGCUAUCUGCUCACUAUUUCAGCUCAAAACUUUGGACAUCAGCAAUAAUCAGGUAUCAUGGCUACCGGAGGAAAUAUGUCAUCUGGCGAAUAUUGCACAGCUCUAUGCCAGUUAUAACAGUCUCGAAAGCUUGCCUGCUCUAUUUGGCAGCCUGACUUCUUUAGAAGUUCUCAGCCUUGCAGCAAACAGACUGAUGUCUUUACCAGUGUCAAUGUCAAACUUGAAAAACCUUCACAUCUUAAACAUUGAGGCCAACAAGUUGACAUCUUUCCCACCAGUUAUAUGUCACCUCCCUCAGCUAAUCAAGCUCAGCCUGUCUGAAAAUGAGAUCGAAAGCUUGCCCAAGCAAAUUUCUGAGCUGAGGCGUCUGAGAGAACUUACUUUGAACAACAAUAAGCUGAGCUUUUUACCUGUUCAGCUCUUUCGCCUGUCUAACUUGGAGGAACUCAAGCUUUGUGGAAACCGUCUCACGACAGUUUCAGAUGAGAUUGAAAAGUUGCAGGAGCUGAGGGUGCUGCAGCUCAGUAACAACAGGAUCAGUGUGGUUACAGAGAAACUGUGCAAUUGCACCAGGCUUCAGCACCUGGCCUUGAACGGAAACCUAGUGGCAAGACUACCCAGACAUUUAGGGGCCUUAGCAAACCUCAGAGAGCUGCUGAUCAGUAAAAAUCAGAUGGAGUCCUUACCUGAUGGAAUCUCCCAUCUGAAAAAUCUUUCCUUAUUUGAGUCUUCAGGGAACCUGCUGAGCUGUGUUCCUAUAGAGAUCAGUAACUGCACUCUCCUGACCACUGUUGACCUAAGUGGUAAUCAGCUGUACAGGUUUCCAGCCGGCCUCUGCUCUGGAGCUGCUUUGAGGCGUCUGAACCUGAACAACAACAUGAUCUCUAAAAUACCCGCAGAUAUUAGUGCAAUACAGAGCCUGCAGCAUCUGGAGCUGAACAGAAAUAACCUGUCUUCAUUCCCAGCUCACCUCUGCCGUCUUCACAAGCUUGUCUACUUGGAUUUGAGCAGUAAUAGAAUAGACAGCAUUCCAAGUGGCACCUCUGCUUGCAGCUGUAUCCAGGUCCUCCUCCUCCAGUCCAACAAGUUUGAAGUUUUCCCUGCAGAACUGUGCUGCCUGAAGAGCCUCCAGGUCCUUGACCUCUCGGAAAAUCAAAUCGGGAAUAUUCCUGCUGACAUCAGGAACUUGGAAGAACUUAAAGACCUCAAUCUUUCCAACAACAAUUUUACUUUCUUUCCCGUUGAAACCUGUCAUUUGAGUUCUCUAGAGAAACUUAGAAUCUGUCAAAAGAAAGGUCCAAAGCUGACUUUGCUUCCAGAGGAACUGUCAAAUCUGUGUAAUCUCAGAGAACUGGAUUUGUCAGACAACGGAUUUCUGGAGAUACCGGAGAGCGUUGGAGAACUGAAGAACCUGAUCAAGCUGACAGCCAAUAACAACUGCCUCAGCAAGCUGCCAAGAUCCAUGUCUUCUCUCCGGAGCUUACAGCAUAUGAGCUUCAGAGGGAAUCAUCUGACAUCCCUGCCUGGUGAUAUUGGGCAGCUGCUUUUGCUGAGACAGGUGGAGCUGGAGGGGAACCCUCUGACUAGGCCACCCUCAGCAGUCUGUGAGGGACAGCAGCUGCAUCCCAUCGGACAGUACCUGAGAAGUGCAGCUCAGAGAGAUGAAAAAAUCUUACAGAAAGUCUUCAAAUUUGUGGCGAACAAUAUAUCACAAUUGGACUUUGAACACUUCUGCAAAAAGCUCCGAGUGCCUCUUGAGGAGCUCAAGUCUGGACAGAACAGACGGAUGCCGCUGAAGGACAAGGCCCUGCUUGCUCUGAGCCUGUGGAGAGUGUCCAGGCAAGCCGGCCAGGAGCCCAGCGCGGUCACUGCCCAGCUGGUGAGGACUCUGCUCAUGUCCGGUCUGCACAGCACUGCUGCCGGUGUUCAAGCCCUCAGGAUAUACUCACAAGCCAUCAGGCUCUGAAGACCCUCAGCAGAGAACACAACCCACUGUGUCCAACACUCAUCGCAAUGAAAACGGCAUGUGCCGUUAGAGUGACACGUUUCUCAGCCCCUUCCUAAAUUGACAACUUGAGCACUUACUUUAAAGAUGUUUGACUGGUAUGGAAUUACACUAUUUUGCAAUUAGAAAAAAAAGUAUAUUUUAUGUGCAGAUUUUCUAUUAUAUUUUAUAUUCUCUGAUUAAUAACAAUGUAACUUGUUUUUAACAUACAAUUCCAGCCAAGCUUUUAAAACGAAAAAAGAUUAAAAUUAAAGACGACAAACAGUACACGUGUGUUCACUGAAAUUUCAGAUUGGACGAGGUUUUCCCGAUUUGUGUGAUCACACCACAGAAACCCAGCAAGGUCUGUAAGUCAUUUAAAAUCUGGAACACA